AUGAAGUAUCAUGGAAAAGUCGGUGCUGGUGAGAAACCAUACUCAUGUGAAAUGUGUUCAAAGACACAUUCAAUAUGUCAUACUGGUGAGAAACCAUACUCAUGUGAAAUGUGUUCAAAGGUAUUUUCUUCCUCUUCACAAUUAAAGACACAUUCAAUAUGUCAUACUGGUGAGAAACCAUACUCAUGUGAAAUGUGUUCAAAGACAUUUUCUAACGCUUCAGGCUUAAGAAACCAUGUGAGGGUUCAUACAGGAGAAAAACCAUAUUCGUGCGAACAUUGCUCAAAGUCAUUUUCCCGCAUUUCACAUUUAAGGAGACAUAUGAGAACCCAUACUGGUGACAAACCGUAUUCCUGUGAACAUUGUUCAAAGAAAUUUUGUGACGCUUCAAGUUUAAAAGAACAUUUAAUUUUUUUAGAGCUCCGGGGGCCAUGGCUCCCACAAUGUUAUGGAAACGGGAGAGGACCACCUGCUAUAAAUGCGUGGGCCAUGCUUUGCGGCCUAGGAAGAUACGUCGCCGCAGAUUGGGCACCGUCAAUUGGGCAUUGGGAACAUUGGGCACUGAGCAUUUCGGGGGCUGGGAACAUUGGGCGCGAAGCACUUUAG